UCCUGCCGCAGCCCCCUACCGCCCGGUCAGCCCCGUGGAGUUACCCGGUGGCCACGGCAGACGGAAGCCGAGCAAGAGUCUCGGCAGAGGCGGCGGCAGGAUGGGAGACUCCAAAGUGAAAGUGGCCGUCCGGAUCCGGCCCAUGAACCGAAGAGAAAUUGACUUGCAUACCAAAUGUGUGGUGGAUGUAGAUGCAAACAAGGUUAUUCUUAAUCCUGUAAAUACUAAUCUUUCCAAAGGAGAUGCCCGAAGCCAGCCAAAGGUGUUUGCAUAUGACCAUUGUUUCUGGUCUAUGGAUGAAUCUGUCAAAGAAAAGUAUGCAGGUCAAGAUGAUGUUUUUAAGUGCCUUGGGGAGAAUAUUCUUCAAAAUGCUUUUGAUGGCUAUAAUGCAUGUAUCUUUGCCUACGGACAGACUGGAUCUGGAAAAUCUUACACUAUGAUGGGUACGGCUGACCAACCUGGAUUAAUCCCAAGACUCUGUAGUGGACUCUUUGAACGAACUCAGAAAGAGGAAAACGAAGAGCAGAGUUUUAAAGUAGAAGUGUCCUAUAUGGAAAUUUAUAAUGAAAAAGUCAGAGACCUUCUUGAUCCCAAAGGAAGCCGUCAAACGUUAAAAGUCAGGGAGCACAGUGUGCUGGGACCCUAUGUCGAUGGACUUUCUAAACUGGCCGUCACCAGCUACAAGGAUAUUGAGUCUUUGAUGUCUGAGGGUAACAAAUCGCGCACAGUCGCUGCAACCAACAUGAAUGAGGAGAGUAGCCGAUCCCACGCAGUCUUCAAAAUCACCCUCACACAUACUUUGUACGACGUGAAGUCUGGGACGUCUGGAGAGAAGGUGGGCAAACUGAGCUUGGUCGAUUUGGCUGGCAGUGAGCGAGCAACAAAAACUGGAGCGGCCGGUGACAGGCUGAAGGAGGGCAGCAACAUUAACAAGUCCCUCACAACCCUGGGUCUGGUUAUCUCGGCCCUCGCAGAUCAGAGUGCUGGCAAAAACAAGAAUAAGUUUGUUCCAUAUCGUGACUCAGUUCUCACUUGGCUGCUCAAAGACAGUCUUGGUGGUAACAGUAAGACGGCAAUGGUAGCUACCGUGAGUCCGGCAGCUGAUAACUAUGACGAGACCCUUUCAACUCUGCGGUACGCAGAUCGCGCCAAGAACAUCGUGAACCACGCUGUGGUGAAUGAGGAUCCUAAUGCACGAAUUAUCCGGGAUCUGAGGGAAGAAGUAGAGAAACUCCGAGAGCAGCUAACCAAAGCAGAGGCAAUGAAAUCUCCAGAGCUAAAAGAGCGGCUGGAAGAAUCAGAGAAGCUAAUCCAGGAAAUGACCGUGACCUGGGAGGAGAAAUUAAGGACUACGGAGGAGAUUGCCCAGGAGCGACAGAAACAACUGGAGAGCCUCGGAAUAUCUCUUCAAUCUUCUGGAAUUAAAGUUGGGGAUGAUAAGUGUUUCCUUGUUAAUCUGAAUGCUGAUCCUGCUUUGAAUGAACUUCUAGUUUACUAUUUAAAGGAUCAUACAUUGAUAGGUUCAGCAAAUUCCCAAGAUAUCCAGCUAUGUGGAAUGGGAAUUCUUCCUGAACACUGUAUUAUAGACAUCAUGCCAGAAGGCCAGGUUAUACUGACUCCUCAAAAGAACACCAGGACAUUUGUGAAUGGCUCUUCAGUGUCCAGCCCUGUGCAGCUGCACCACGGGGACAGGAUAUUGUGGGGCAACAACCACUUCUUCAGAUUGAAUUUACCUAAGAAGAAAAAGAAAGCAGACCGAGAGAAUGAGGACCAAGACACCUCCAUGAAGAACGAUGCCAGUUCUGAGCAGCUGGACGUAGAUGGGGACUCCUCCAGCGAGGUGUCCAGUGAGAUCAACUUCAACUACGAGUACGCGCAGAUGGAGGUUACCAUGAAGGCUCUGGCUAAUAAUGAUCCAAUGCAGUCAAUAUUGAACAGCCUAGAACAACAGCAUGAAGAAGAAAAGCGAUCUGCGCUGGAGCGUCAGAGGCUCAUGUACGAGCAUGAACUGGAGCAGCUACGCAGGAGGCUGUCCCCCGAGAAACAGAACUGCCGUAGCGCAGACCGGUUUUCUUUCCACUCCCCCAGUGCUCAGCAGCGCUUGAGACAGUGGGCUGAAGAGAGAGAAACGACACUGAAUAACAGUCUGAUGAGGCUGAGGGAACAAAUUGUUAAAGCCAAUCUGUUGGUGAGAGAAGCUAAUUUUAUUGCAGAAGAACUGGAUAAAAGAACAGAGUAUAAAGUAACCCUACAGAUUCUAGCCUCCAGCCUUGAUGCCAACAGCAAGCGAGGCUCUCUUCUUAGUGAACCUGCAAUCCAGGUGAGAAGAAAAGGAAAAGGAAAGCAGAUUUGGUCUUUGGAAAAAUUGGACAACAGGUUGUUGGAUAUGAGAGACCUUUAUCAGGAGUGGAAGGAGUGUGAAGAAGAUACCCCAGUGAUACGGUCUUACUUCAAGCGUGCUGAUCCAUUCUAUGAUGAGCAGGAAAACCACAGUCUCAUUGGUGUGGCUAACGUCUUCCUGGAGUCCCUCUUCUAUCGUGUGAAGUUACAGUAUGCUGUUCCUAUUGUCAACCAGAAAGGAGAGGUGGCAGGUCGGCUGCAUGUGGAGGUGAUGCGGACCAGUGGUGACAUCGUGGAAAGGAUCGCUGGCGGGGAUGACGCUGCAGACGCCUCUGUAGAUAAGGAAGCCCCUGAGAACAAACUGACAUGUAUGGUUAAAAUACUCCAAGCCACUGGGUUGCCACAGCAUUUGUCCCACUCUGUAUUCUGCAAAUACAGCUUCUGGGAUCAGCAGGAGCCGGUCAUGGUUGAGACCGAAAUGGAUACCUCGUCCUCUCCUGUUAGCAAGGAACCUCAGUGCAUGGUUGUCUUUGAUCAUUGCCAUGAGUUUUCUGUUAACAUCACUGAAGACUUUAUUGAACACCUUUCAGAAGGGGCGUUGGCAAUUGAAAUAUAUGGCCAUAAAGUGACUGAUCCUCGAAGAAACCCAGCGCUGUGGGAUUUGGGGAUUAUCCAAGCAAAAACACGUAGUCUUCGGGACAGAUGGAGUGAAGUCACCAGGAAAAUGGAAUUCUGGGUUCAGAUUCUGGAACAGAAUGAGAAUGGUGAACACUGCCCUGUGGAAGUAAUUUCUGCAAAGGACGUGCCCACAGGAGGCAUCUUCCAACUCCGGCAGGGGCAGUCCCGGCGAGUCCAAGUGGAAGUGAAGACUGUGCAGGAGUCCGGGACAUUACCUCUGAUGGAAGAAUGUAUAUUGUCUGUUGGAAUCGGAUGUGUGAAAGUUACAGCACUCAGAUCCCUCAAGACACAGGAGACCUUCCAUGAGGAAGUGGAGGACAUGGACAGCUACCAGGAUCGGGAUUUAGAGAGACUACGUAGAAAAUGGCUAAAUGCGUUAACGAAACGUCAGGAGUACUUAGAUCAACAACUGCAAAAGCUUGUCAGUAAACAUGAUAAAACAGAGGAUGAUGCCGACCGCGAAGCUCAACUGCUAGAGAUGAGGCUGACCCUAACUGAAGAAAGGAAUGCAGUCAUGGUCCCCUCCGCCGGCAGUGGGAUUCCAGGGGCUCCAGCAGAAUGGACCCCGGUUCCUGGGAUGGAAACACACAUUCCUGUUAUAUUCCUUGACUUAAAUGUUGAUGAUUUCAGCUCUCAGGAUAAUCUUGAUGACCCAGAACCUGGUGGUUGGGAUGCUACCCUCACUGGGGAAGAAGAGGAUGAGUUCUUUGAAUUGCAGAUUGUAAAACAGCAUGAUGGAGAGGUGAAAGCAGAAGCCUCCUGGGACUCCGCAGUGCACAGCUGUCCUCAGCUCAGUAAAGGCACACCUGCGGAUGAGCGGGUGUAUCUGAUUGUGCGGGUGACGGUCCAGCUCAGCCACCCAGCUGACAUGCAGCUGGUAUUACGCAAACGAAUCUGCGUCAGUGUUCAUGGCCGGCAGGGUUUUGCUCAGAGUCUCCUAAAAAAGAUGUCUCAUCGAAGUUCUAUUCCUGGCUGUGGAGUGACUUUUGAAAUUGUCUCCAAUAUUCCAGAGGAUGCCCAGGGAGUAGAGGAACGAGAAACAUUAGCAAGAAUGGCAGCUAAUGUUGAAAACACGGCUUCUGCUGACUCAGAGGCCUAUAUCGAAAAAUACCUCAGAAGCGUGCUGGCUGUGGAGAACCUCCUCACUUUAGACCGCCUGCGCCAGGAAGUUGCAGUGAAGGAGCAGUUGACAGGAAAAGGGAAGCUGAGUAGGAGGAGCAUUAGCUCCCCCAGCGUGAACAGAUUGUCUGGCAGCCGGCAAGACCUCGUUCCGUCCUGCAGCCUCGGCAGCAACAAGGGCCGGUGGGAAAGUCAGCAGGAUGUGUCACAGAUCGUGGUUCCCAGAGGAGCAGCUCCAGUCGCCCCAGCCCUCCCUGGUGGUCCCCAAAAUAACCAUUCUCCUGACCCAGGACUCAGUAGCCUAGCAGCCUCCUACUUGAAUCCAGUAAAAUCCUUUGUGCCUCAGAUGCCAAAGCUACUGAAGUCUCUCUUCCCCGUUCGAGAUGAGAAAAGGGGCAAACAGCCAUCUCCCCGUGCACAUCAGCCGGUGCCCCGGAUCCUGGUGCAGCCCGCCCCGCCGGACGCCAGGCCGACCAGGAUGGCGGAGGCUCUCCGGGAGAACACCAGCGUGAGAGUGGCCCCCGAUGCGACCAUGACCGUGCAGGCUGCUCCAGUGCUGAAGUCCAAGGACAGACCAAGUCAAGUGCCUUCACCACCAAGCACAGCCGCCAACACCCAGGUCCCCGAAGCGCAGGAUGGGCCACCCAGCCCCUUGAGCGAGGCCUCCAGCGGGUACUUCUCACACAGUGUCUCCUCCACCACACUGUCUGACGCCGUCGCCCCGGGCCUGGACGCCACAGCCCAGGCGGGUGGGCAGACGCCCAGCUCGCCCCCUCCUGUCCCCUGCCAGGCCGGCCCGGACUCCGAGCCCCCAUUUCCUUCUGCUGCCCCAGGUGCAGACAGCACCCCCCCUGCCCUGCUGGCGGGUCAGAGCAGCCUUCUGUCACUGCCUGUGCCAGCAAAGCAGACUCCACUGAGUGACAGUGAUGGCGACAGAGCCAGUGUGGUCCAGGCCAAGGGAGCGGUUCCCUUAGAGAAGCAGAAUGAAGAGGCAAGCACUUCCCCGACGCAUCUUCCCACUUCUACGCCCCAGGAGUCACCCAGCCCACAGAGCAGAGAUGACAGCUUCUCUGCUACCAAGCAGCUAGGAAGACCCAAGGGCCAGGCCAGGCCAGACAUCAGCUUAGAACCAGACGUCUCCAAACCACAGCUGCCUCCUGAUGUCCGGUCUCAGCUGCCCACACCAGCGUCCCCGUUCAGAAUCCGGAAGGUGCGAACCUCAGAGCUGAAGUCAUUCUCCUGCAUGCUUGGCGGGGACCCCAGCUGUCCCUCUGGUGCUGAGGAUGACCCGCUGGCCUCGGGAGGGACUGGCGAUGGCAGCUCUGGAGGGCAGAGCCUGGAGAAGCUGGAAGUGUCCUCCGAUUCCGAGGAAACCAGUGAAGUCCCGGAGUGGCUCAGAGAAGGAGAAUAUGUUACCGUGGGCACCAGCAAAUUUGGCAUCGUCAGGUACAUCGGGCCCACCGACUUCCAGGAAGGGACCUGGGUUGGCGUGGAGCUGGACCUACCUUCAGGUAAGAACGACGGCUCCAUUGGAGGAAAGCAGUACUUCAAGUGCAACCCGGGCUACGGGCUGCUGGUGAGACCGGGCCGAGUGCGCAGGGCGGCAGGUGCAGGCAGGCGGCGCAGUGCGGGGCUGCGGCUGCAGGGUGCCCCUGAGCCCCGCAGGAGCGGCACCCUCUCCGGCUCCACCACCAACCUGGCCUCCCUGACAGCAGCUCUGGCCAAGGCCGAGGGCACCUCAGCGCUGCGGGUGGACAGGAGCCCCAAGAACCCUGCGGACCGGAAGUCCUGGGCUAGCUGAGCCAGCGCUGUGCAGUGCACGCUGACAGCUGGGCACCGACAGCCCCGGCUGGGGUUGCAGCUGGGCAGCCCCGUCCCCUCACACCCCCUUCCCCGAGGGAGCAGGCAGAGAGGGCUUGCUGCAGGACACAGGGCUGGUGACCUCCCCGUUCCUCCCAGGACUCUGGGGCUUCGAUUCUUCCUCUACCCGGAGAACGAGGCCUCUCCUCAGGGUAGUGGGUCAAAGGUUCUGGGAACCCAGACUGGCCCCAGCUCAUGGGGAAGGAGGCCCUGGGGGCACCUGCCACCCCCUCCACCCCCCAGUCAUGGGGCUCUUCCCAUCUGGGGCUGCCACGGCCCCUUUUCUCUUCUGGCAAACCCAUUAACCUCUUAAUUUAAAGAAGAGCCCUAACCAGUGCCUUCUCUUCUCCCCGAGGCGGGGUCCUCCGCUUGUCCCCAGGGUGGACUUGCUCCACGUCCCAAAUCCCUACACCAGGUAUUGCCCAAGCACCUCUGGUCGGCCCCCUGGGGCUCCCGGCCCAAGGUUAGGUCCCGCGUGACCUGGAGAGGCCACAGGUCUGCCCGCCCACCGGCCCCUCGUCCUUCGCCCUGCUUUGCUGAGGGUUUUCUCUGUGGUGGUUUUAGCAUCUUUAUACCCAGAAAGUUUUUCUCCUUGCCAUUUAUUCCCUUAACAGAGUGUUUGGAAUAUAUUUAUUUAUAUUUAUUUUUCAAAAUCUGAAAUGAUUCGCGAGUCACAAUCGCCUGCCCAGGUGCAAGUGCCCAGGACCAGCCUCCUGCCUCAGGCAGGGGACCCAACAGGGGCCGGGGGUGACCCCCCAAUUUUCCUUGAAUGAAGACACACAGUGGCCUUCCCCUAAGACGAUGCAAAAACUUGGAGAGUUACAUUGUGCUUUCAGUCAGCGACAGAGGCAGUCAGGAGGCAUAAGACCUUAUUUGGUGCAGUCCUGGGGUCUGGGAAGGUCUUUAGGCCAGUUUAACCUUUUGGCAGUUCUAUCCCUGGGCUCCAGCAGAGAGAGCCCACCCCACCUUCCCUGUGGAGCCGCACACCAGGCCCUGCAGGGCCAGGCCCACCUCCCGCCAGGCACCCUGCCCGGCGCCCCUGGAGGGCAUCUGCAGAAGCGGGGAGAGGGCAGGUGCGCUGCAGACAGGCGUCUGCAGGGUCCCUCAGGCACCGGAGCCUCCACAGGCCCCCGGGCCUGGGACUGGGGUCUGCGCACAGCGCUCCUGGCUGCCUGUCUGUGCUUCUCUCGUUUAGACUCUAAAAACAACACUCAGAACGCCUUUUUUUUUCCUUGAAAAAUCUCUGGUUCUCUAGUUAUUUGAAGCCCCUUAUGAGAAAUAGUGCCAGGUUUCCUGCCCCUCGGUGGGCUGCCACGGGGACACUCGUGGGGCACGGCUGCAUACGCUCGGACCCAUGGGGAAGGGGCCGAGGAUUGGUUAGCUCCUGGCAGUUCCUCGUGGUGAUGUCCGGCCGGGCCUCGAGUCCUGUGUCUCCUAACCACCCCUGGAGACCAGGGGAAGCUGCCUGCCCUCCCCGGUGCCCUCGGCGGGUGGAACUGCAGGAGAGAACCGCUCUCGGCCUGCGAGCAGCACGGCCGCUGCCGCUCCUCCCCUGAGUUCACGGAGGGGCAGGCCGGGAGGUCGAGAGCACGCCCCGCGUUUAGCCUUGUCUCUGCCCACGUUCACAGUUCUGGGUCUUGAAGGAUCUCACAGGGAACAGGCUGAAACCAGGGAAUGUUCAGGGAAGUUCCCAGAAGCCCCAGCUUCUGACUCCCAGCCUGGGCUCUUUCACUGUCCCCAUGAAACAGACUGCCAGUCCCGCCUCAGGUCACCUUGGUGGCAGCCUGUCAGCCCCAGCGUAGGAAGCUCAAGGGCCACAUCCAGGUUUUAGUAGUUUAACCCACCGCCCUCUUAAUGAGGCCCUGCUGGCCCCGCCCCCAGCUCGGGCUCCUACGUGGCACGAGCGGGAGCGAGCGGUCAGCUCCCCCAGGACAGCUGCCUGCAGCGCCCCGUCCUCCUGCACGCGUCACCCCUGGCUUGGGAGGUAGGUGUCUGCGGUUUUCUAGUCCCGGCGCCUAGACACGAGGGCACCCGUGGGUGGUGGUUUGCCCUCCACAAGGGCUGGCCGGGCGACUCCGCUGUCUCCUCGGGCAGGGCCUGUGGGCCUGCUGCCUGUGCCUUCCUGCCCGGGCCCCUGAGUGAGGUGCGCUCAGCUCUGUGCUCUGCGUUUUGCCAACCUCCAGCACAGGUUCCCAAGGUCCCUUUCAGUUGGAGUGUCCCCCAUCAGUGUGGUCUGUGGGUGGCAGUGCCCCCCCCCCCCGGCCUUUCUCAGGGCAGAGGACCCGCCCGUGGGCAGGAAGUCGUGCACCCGCUUGCUGUAGGGGAGGCACCGCAGAAAGGGAAGGUCGUUGGGCGUGUGUGGUCCUUUCCCACUUGGCGAGGUGCUCACUGGAGCUCGUCUGCUGCGCGACGUGGGGGCAGUGAGAAGGGUCGGGGGCCGCCCAGUGCGGGUCUGCCUCAGGCCCACUUGGUGCAGGAAAGGUUUUGCAACACGAGCCCAGGUGAUUCUGCGAGGACAUUUAUUAGAGCUGCAGGCAGUGAGACAAAGGAAGGCCUCUGGGUAGAAGCAGCAGCAGCAGGAGAGAGCCUGGGCGGCUCUGUGCGCUGGCUCCCCCGGGAAGUUACAGGGAAGGAGUGAGCCCAGGCAGUGCUGCUGUCGACUCACUGGGAGGUCGAGAAAAGGGGCCUUGGAGACAGGGUCUGGGGGAGCCCAGGACGAGCUGCCACGGCCUGCUGCUCCCCUGGUUGCAUGUCUCUUGGGGACCCUUAGAGGUUCAGCAGAAAUAAAAAGUCCAUGCCCAGCAAGGGGCAUGGGCCUGCCCCAGAGCCAGCUGCCCAGGGUCUGUGAUUGAGGGCCUUUCCCUCCUGCAGGUGAGAGUCGUAGGGGAGGGUUUGGGCAGAAUAACCCUUAGCUUCCAGGUGCAUCAGAGUGAGCGUGUGGGGAGAUGGGGGUUGUUCUUUGGUCUGCUUUUCCAUUUUCCUCUUGUCUUGGGUCCUCCGGCUCUAAUCUGGUCUUUGUUAUUAUCUGUUCCCCUGACUUCAGCGUCCUUUGGUUUGGCUGCACAAAUGGCAUUUACUGGGUUUCUGCCCCCUCUCUCCCGACUAGGGAGAUGUGAGCUGUGCAUUCUCUGCUCCAGGAAGAGAGGUGGGAACCGUUUGCUCUCAGGUGACCUUGGUUGGGGAGAUAAGGUCUUGCAAUUCACUAGCUGGCUGCAGGUUGUUCGGAUUCACCUCGUCUAAUUAUCUUGUCUGUUUCCCCAUUCUGCUUGCCCAGGAAGUUUCCCAGCUUCUCACUGUCCUGCCUCAGCAGUUUUCCAGAACUGCCUUGGGAAGGUCAGUGGGGAGUGAGGGUGUCAUGCUCUCUGUCCUUUGGUUUGAUUAAAAUGGGACAGACCAGGAUGGAAUUGUGGGCUUAGAUGGGUUUUUCUCAGCUGAAGUGCAAACCAAUGGGUGAGCUUUGAGUGAUCAGUUCAGGGCGGCCCUGUUCUCUGAAGAGGCUUCGGGACCCUUUCUUUUCUUUUACCCGAACUCGGUUUCCUGUGCCUGCGUUGCUCCUACUAGUUCUGCCCCCAACUUGAGCCUGGGCAGCACUGUGCUCAGCGCCAGGAAGCCAGCGGGCCCCUCGGCCUGGUACAGAGUGAGGCUCCCAGAGACUCUGAGCAGCCAGGUGGGGUUGGCCAGGACAGGGGGUGUAUUCCUAGCUUUUAGCAGCUUGUGCCCAUUUCCAAACACAGCCCUUUCUCCAGGAGGGAAGCGCUCCUGGAGCUGUCAGCUUGCCGGGGGCUGUCUGAGCACAAGCAGGUCAGGGAGCAGGCAUGGGUUCCGUCGGCCCCCUUGGUGAGCCAUUGCUGGGCAAGGCAUUUGCGUGGUGGUCAGGCUGGCCCCUGCCAGCAGCACCCAGCUUGGCCCAUCCUGCUGAGUCCCCGCAGGGGGCAGCGUCUGUGGUCCUGGGCCCCUGCUUGCUCCACUCCCUAGACAUCCCUUCAGGGCCAAUGUGUUGAUGGCUCCCUUGGGGUGCGCAGAGGACACUGGUGCCCUUGUCGCCCUGUCACUGCCCCCCUCUUCCUGGGGGCUGAGCCCUCCUCCUCCCAGGGGUUUGCUGUGCAUGCUGGAGGGAAGGCUGUCCUGCUCCCCUCUCCUGGUUCCCCUCGUGUCAUGGUGCAGACCAACCUGACUUGUUACUGGAACAGCAGUGCCACGCAAUUGUCACUAAAGCCACAAGCCCUCACAGUCCACAGCCCAGCAGGUAUUGGGCCUCAAGUGCAGGCUUGAGAGUCCUGUGAAGACCAGAGCCCGAGGGAGGGGCUCUGCUUCAUCCCCCUUCACUCAAGCCUUACUAAUCAACUGACCUAGUUUUAAAGACAGUGUCAGCAUUAGGGUUCACCACGUGGUUCCUUGCAGGGCCCAGGCUCUGGAUGUAGGGUGAGGCAGGAGGGAAGGGCCACACCGCUCGGAAGUGGGAGGCCAGGCGAGGACGUGUCUGAGCUGCGAGUGCCACACGAGCACCCCCAGGCAGACACUGGGUGGGACCCUCCUGGCCUGCGCCUCCCACUCCCAGGGGGCUGAGGGUGGUGGGGAGCGGCUGUCCCACCGCCCAGCCUGGCCGGGGUGGGCAGGAGGGUGGGCAGACACAGCCAGUGAAGGGACCGCACAUCUAGUGAGGGAAUAAGCUCCAGGCAGAACCAUCGAAGAGUCUGAAAGGCUGAGAAAGUGUUUAGAUGCCCCUUCCUUAGCUCCGUCUGCCCCUGCCGUGAAGUUCCCUGUUCACGAAACUGACAAGGAGCCCAUGGGAUUCACUGUCCUGGCCCCAGGCCGCCCGUGGGCCACAUCUCAUGGUGCCCUCCGUUCCCGGGGCCGCCUCAGGCAGUGCUGAGACAGCGGCCACUGUCUGCCUGCCAUGCCUCCCUUUGGGGCCGGGAGUGCGGCCUGUUUCAUGCCCUGGACGUGGACGUGACCGUCCCCAUGUGCGUUUUGCUCCCCGAGAAGCCCGUCGUCCUGCCUGGCUGCUGACACUGUGUGGGGCCGGUCUGGGGACAGCACCUCUGUGUGUGGGAUUCCCUACGUGUGAGGGGUCACGUGUAAGGAAGCAGUUUUGCUUGAGGGAGAAUAUGGAUUUGCUACACAUGAGAUGGGCGUUAAAACAUCCAAAGACUGUAAUGACUUGUAAAGACUUGAUGAUUUGUGUUGUAUAAUGAACUAAACCCCUGUAAUUUUGUACCAUAUAUGCCUUUCCACCACAUGACCAGCUGCUUCUAAAUAAAAUCAGAUGAUUUCUUGCCUGA